GCUCUGGGUCGCUGCGGGGCAAGGGGAAGACGGAAACCAUUUCGGGGAAAGACCCUCAAAACAAGAGCCGGAAUCGCCAUGUCAUUUUAGUGGGGAAACCCUUCUUUUAUUCUUUGGUCUCCCCCUUUUUUCUUCGAGAUCACUGUCUGUCCCUCCCUCGUUUAAUCACCGCCAUAUAAAGGAAUUCCCACUCCCCUCCCCGCACAUUGUCCCACCGGUGGGGAAAUCCUUCCCCGAGGCCAAGAGAAGUAUAGGAGGCAGCGACGGCAACUGCACCGACGGCAACGGCAGCUUUUUACCCCGAAGCACGGUGGCAGGAAGGCGGCGUUGAUGGUGGCUGCAUUUUUCCGGCUGCUUCUCCCCCCGACCUCUUCCGUUUCUUGCUCCUCCAUCGAGACAGCACUAGACUCGCCAGCUCCGCUUUUAUCCGGUGCCCGGAGCCUGCGCACUGGAGCCUCCUCAGCCCCUAGUGGGCGUCGAGUGACACCCCAACCGGGUUCACCCAGCGCUGGAGGCCAGACUGGGCUGGGGGAGGAGGGGGAGAGGAACGGGGAGACGGGACUGGGGUUGUUUGGGAGGGGGAGAAGGUGUAUCGCUUUCGGACGGUGACGGGAGUUCGUUCCCAAGCCCUGCUGUCCUUGUCCGUGCACCCAAUACUGGCAUGCCCAAGCUCACCUAUAUCCAGACUUGAGGGCCACCGGGGGAAAGGGGGAAAGAACCAGUCCCACCGAAUACCGACACUUCCUCAAACCUUCGGUGGCUUGUUGAAUGCAUCUGUUGUCAGAAAGACAGAGAUUCCGUCCCCCUCACCGCCUCCAGUUUGCUAUCUUCGAGCCUCCGCGGAGAGGCAACGGCGGGCGGCAGCCCACAAGCAAAAUGGCGCCGGGCAGCUUCAUCCCCUCCCCCUCUGCCCCUGCGGAGCGGGACGGGCGUACCCCGUGCACUUGCCGCCGCCGCCGCCGCCGCCGCGGCCGCCGCCGCCGCCGCCGCCAUUUUCCCAGAGCGAGAGGCAGUGACACUGAGCGGGCGCAGGGGGCCGAGUCGGAGACCGUGCCGGAGUUCGGGAGCGGCAACAGAGUGGGCAUAGACACUCCGAGCAGCCUCGCCGUCGUCUCUGCGUUCCUGUUGACUGCCUGGCUGCCCCCUCCCCUACUCCUCGGUUCUUGGUGAAGAGGCUGUGCGCUGCUGUUUGGGGAGGGGGUGUGUGGAGCCGGGUCCUGUGUCCGCAGUGGCUGCUGUCGGGGGGUCGCCUGUUCGCGGAGGUGCGGAGAGACUCCUUGGGGGUCGAGCACAUAACGGGGUUCGGGUGUCUCGUGUGUGAACAUCACAGGUCUAUUCUGGAUAAGCAGGUUUUGUGAAGACAUUUAUUCUUUCUUGGACCUCAGAUUUACCAGACAUCUCAUGGGUUUGUGGAUGCACUUAGAUGUUUGCAAUGAGCACUGUGGCUGGCAUGCCCCAGUGUUUUGGAUACCAAUGCAUAGGACUCCAUAGUAAUCGAAUUUACCAGAGGCGAACGUCAUGAGCAUAGUGAUCCCAUUGGGGGUUGAUACAGCAGAGACGUCAUACUUGGAAAUGGCUGCAGGUUCAGAACCAGAAUCCGUAGAAGCUAGCCCUGUGGUAGUUGAGAAAUCCAACAGUUAUCCCCACCAGUUAUAUACCAGCAGCUCACAUCAUUCACACAGUUACAUUGGUUUGCCCUAUGCGGACCAUAAUUAUGGUGCUCGUCCUCCUCCGACACCUCCGGCUUCCCCUCCUCCAUCAGUCCUUAUUAGCAAAAAUGAAGUAGGCAUAUUUACCACUCCUAAUUUUGAUGAAACUUCCAGUGCUACUACAAUCAGCACAUCUGAGGAUGGAAGUUAUGGUACUGAUGUAACCAGGUGCAUAUGUGGUUUUACACAUGAUGAUGGAUACAUGAUCUGUUGUGACAAAUGCAGCGUUUGGCAACAUAUUGACUGCAUGGGGAUUGAUAGGCAGCAUAUUCCUGAUACAUAUCUAUGUGAACGUUGUCAGCCUAGGAAUUUGGAUAAAGAGAGGGCAGUGCUACUACAACGCCGGAAAAGGGAAAAUAUGUCAGAUGGUGAUACCAGUGCAACUGAGAGUGGUGAUGAGGUUCCUGUGGAAUUAUAUACUGCAUUUCAGCAUACUCCAACAUCAAUUACUUUAACUGCUUCAAGAGUUUCCAAAGUUAAUGAUAAAAGAAGGAAAAAAAGCGGGGAGAAAGAACAACACAUUUCAAAAUGUAAAAAGGCAUUUCGUGAAGGAUCUAGGAAGUCAUCAAGAGUUAAGGGUUCAGCUCCAGAGAUUGAUCCUUCAUCUGAUGGUUCAAAUUUUGGAUGGGAGACAAAGAUCAAAGCAUGGAUGGAUCGAUAUGAAGAAGCAAAUAACAACCAGUAUAGUGAGGGUGUUCAGCGGGAGGCACAAAGAAUAGCUCUGAGAUUAGGCAAUGGAAAUGACAAAAAAGAGAUGAAUAAAUCCGAUUUGAAUACCAACAAUUUGCUCUUCAAACCUCCUGUAGAGAGCCAUAUACAAAAGAAUAAGAAAAUUCUUAAAUCUGCAAAAGAUUUGCCUCCUGAUGCACUUAUCAUUGAAUACAGAGGGAAGUUUAUGCUGAGAGAACAGUUUGAAGCAAAUGGGUAUUUCUUUAAAAGACCAUACCCUUUUGUGUUAUUCUACUCUAAAUUUCAUGGGCUAGAAAUGUGUGUUGAUGCAAGGACUUUUGGGAAUGAGGCUCGAUUCAUCAGGCGGUCUUGUACACCCAAUGCAGAGGUGAGGCAUGAAAUUCAAGAUGGAACCAUACAUCUUUAUAUUUAUUCUAUACACAGUAUUCCAAAGGGAACUGAAAUUACUAUUGCCUUUGAUUUUGACUAUGGAAAUUGUAAGUACAAGGUGGACUGUGCAUGCCUCAAAGAAAACCCAGAGUGCCCUGUUCUAAAACGUAGUUCUGAAUCCAUGGAAAAUAUCAAUAGUGGUUAUGAGACCAGACGGAAAAAAGGAAAAAAAGACAAAGAUAUUUCAAAAGAAAAAGAUACACAAAAUCAGAAUAUUACUUUGGAUUGUGAAGGAACGACCAACAAAAUGAAGAGCCCAGAAACUAAACAAAGAAAGCUUUCUCCACUGAGACUGUCAGUAUCAAAUAAUCAGGAACCAGAUUUUAUUGAUGAUAUAGAAGAAAAAACUCCUAUUAGUAAUGAAGUAGAAAUGGAAUCAGAGGAGCAGAUUGCAGAAAGGAAAAGGAAGAUGACAAGAGAAGAAAGAAAAAUGGAAGCAAUUUUGCAAGCUUUUGCCAGACUUGAAAAGAGAGAGAAAAGAAGAGAACAAGCUUUGGAAAGGAUCAGCACAGCCAAAACUGAAGUUAAAACUGAAUGUAAAGAUACACAGAUUGUCAGUGAUGCUGAAGUUAUUCAGGAACAAGCAAAAGAAGAAAAUGCUAGCAAGCCAACCCCUGCCAAAGUAAAUAGAACUAAACAGAGAAAAAGUUUUUCUCGGAGUAGGACUCACAUUGGACAGCAGCGUCGGAGACACAGAACUGUCAGCAUGUGUUCAGAUAUCCAGCCAUCUUCUCCUGAUAUAGAAGUUACUUCACAACAAAAUGAUAUUGAAAAUACUGUACUUACAAUAGAACCAGAAACUGAAACUGCGCUAGCAGAAAUAAUUACUGAAACUGAAGUUCCAGCACUUAAUAAAUGUCCUACAAAGUACCCCAAAACAAAGAAGCACUUGGUUAAUGAAUGGUUAAGUGAGAAGAAUGAGAAGACAGGAAAACCUUCAGAUGGCCUUUCAGAAAGGCCUCUACGCAUAACUACAGAUCCUGAAGUGUUAGCUACACAACUCAAUUCUUUACCAGGUCUCACUUACAGCCCCCAUGUAUACUCCACUCCUAAGCAUUAUAUUAGAUUUACUUCACCAUUCCUUUCAGAAAAAAGGAGAAGAAAAGAACCUACUGAAAACAUUUCUGGUUCAUGCAAGAAGCGAUGGUUGAAACAAGCUCUGGAAGAAGAAAAUUCAGCAAUUUUACAUAGAUUUAAUUCACCCUGUCAAGAAAGAUCCAGAAGUCCUGCAGUCAAUGGUGAAAAUAAAAGUCCACUACUAUUAAAUGACAGCUGUUCCCUUCCAGAUUUAACUACACCACUAAAAAAACGAAGAUUUUAUCAGUUGCUAGAUUCGGUUUACUCAGAAACCUCCACACCUACUCCUUCCCCGUAUGCUACACCAACUCACACCGAUAUUACUCCUAUGGACCCAUCUUUUGCCACGCCUCCACGGAUAAAAUCAGAUGAUGAAACUUGUAGAAAUGGUUAUAAACCCAUAUAUUCACCAGUUACCCCAGUAACUCCUGGUACACCAGGAAAUACCAUGCACUUUGAGAAUAUUUCUUCCCCAGAAAGUUCUCCAGAAAUAAAGAGACGCACUUAUAGUCAAGAGGGAUAUGACAGAUCUUCAACCAUGUUAACAUUGGGGCCUUUUAGAAAUUCUAAUUUAACUGAACUGGGUCUGCAAGAAAUAAAGACUAUUGGUUAUACGAGCCCUAGGAGUAGGACUGAAGUCAACAGGCAGUGUCCUGGAGAAAAGGAACCUGUGUCAGACCUUCAGCUAGGACUCGAUGCAGUUGAGCCAACUGCCCUACAUAAAACCCUGGAAACGCCUGCACAUGACAGGGCUGAGCCCAACAGCCAACUGGACUCGACUCACUCUGGACGGGGCACAAUGUAUUCUUCCUGGGUAAAGAGCCCUGACAGAACAGGAGUUAACUUCUCAGUGAACUCCAACUUGAGGGACCUGACACCCUCGCAUCAGUUGGAGGUUGGAGGAGGCUUCCGAAUAAGUGAGUCAAAGUGCCUGAUGCAGGAUGAUACUAGAGGCAUGUUUAUGGAAACAACUGUGUUUUGUACUUCCGAAGAUGGGCUUGUAUCUGGUUUCGGACGGACUGUUAAUGACAAUUUGAUCGACGGGAAUUGCACACCCCAGAAUCCACCACAAAAGAAAAAGGUUUCUCUAUUAGAAUACCGUAAGAGACAACGUGAAGCUAGGAAAAGUGGCUCUAAGACAGAGAACUUUCCACUCAUUAGUGUAUCACCCCAUGCAAGUGGAAGCUUGAGCAACAAUGGUGAUGGCUGUGCCAGCAGUAAUGACAAUGGGGAGCAGGUGGACCACACUGCUAGCCUACCUUUACCAACACCAGCUACAGUUUAUAAUGCCACUUCUGAAGAAACUAGCAAUAACUGCCCUGUUAAGGAUGCUACUGCUAGUGAGAAGAAUGAACCAGAAGUUCAAUGGACUGCCUCAACUUCAGUGGAACAAGUCAGAGAAAGGAGUUAUCAGAGAGCUUUACUUCUCAGUGAUCACCGAAAAGAUAAAGAUAGUGGGGGAGAAUCACCAUGUGUCUCAUGUUCACCGAGUCAUGUUCAGUCUUCACCUUCAUCUCAUUCAAAUCACAUACCCCAGUUGCAAGCUAAGGGCCCAGUCCCUUCUUUCAGUGAACUUAUGGAAGACCCUGAUCCUGAAAAUCCAGAACCCACAACUACGAAUGAAUGUCCAUCCCCAGAUACUUCUCAAAAUACUUGUAAAAGUCCUCCAAAAAUGAGCAAGCCUGGUUCACCUGGAUCUGUAAUUCCUGCUCAAGCACACGGGAAAAUAUUCACAAAACCAGAUCCCCAAUGGGACUCCACAGUUAGUGCAUCCGAAGCUGAAAAUGGUGUUCACCUAAAAACAGAGCUCCAACAAAAACAGCUAUCAAAUAACAACCAAGCACUUUCAAAGAAUCAUCCUCCUCAGACACACGUUCGUAAUUCAUCUGAGCAACUUUCACAAAAGCUGCCUUCUGCGCCAACAAAGUUGCACUGUCCUCCAUCACCUCACCUAGAAAAUCCUCCAAAGUCAUCCACACCUCACACACCUGUACAGCAUGGUUAUCUUUCACCAAAGCCUCCUUCACAGCAGUUAGGAUCUCCCUACAGGCCUCAUCAUUCACAGUCACCUCAAGUUGGAACACCUCAGCGAGAGCCUCAAAGAAACUUUUAUCCAGCAGCACAGAACCUUCAAGCCAAUACUCAGCAGGCAACUUCCGGAACAUUAUUUACACAGACACCCUCAGGACAAUCUUCAGCAACAUACAGUCAGUUUAACCAACAGAGUCUGAACAGCACGGCACCACCCCCUCCACCUCCUCCACCUCCUUCUUCGUCUUACUAUCAAAACCAGCAGCCCUCUGCAAACUUUCAGAAUUAUAAUCAGCUCAAAGGUAGUCUUUCUCAACAAACUGUGUUUACAUCAGGACCAAAUCAAGCACUUCCUGGCACCACAAGCCAGCAAACAGUUCCAGGACACCACGUGACUCCAGGGCAUUUUUUGCCCUCUCAGAACCCUACCAUUCACCAUCAAACUGCUGCUGCCGUAAUCCCCCCUCCUCCUCCACCACCACCUGCUCCAGGACCGCACCUUGUACAACAGCCGAAUUCCCAUCAGCAACACUCUGUAGCACAUGUAGUAGGGCCUGUUCAUGCGGUCACCCCUGGGUCGCAUAUUCAUUCUCAAACUGCUGGACACCACUUACCCCCACCCCCACCCCCUCCUGGUCCUGCCCCUCAUCACCAUCCACCACCCCAUCCAUCCACAGGACUCCAAGGUCUACAAGCACAACACCAGCAUGUUGUAAAUUCAGCACCCCCACCACCCCCUCCGCCGCCACCUUCCAGUGUUUUGGCUUCUGGGCAUCAUACCACAUCAGCUCAAGCCUUACACCACCCACCUCAUCAAGGACCUCCACUUUUUCCUUCGAGUGCUCAUCCAACUGUACCACCGUAUCCCUCACAAGCUACACAUCAUACCACUUUGGGACCGGGACCCCAGCACCAGCCUUCUGGAACAGGGCCACAUUGUCCAUUACCUGUCACAGGUCCUCAUCUCCAGCCCCAAGGACCAAACAGUAUUCCAACACCUACUGCUUCAGGGUUCUGUCCUCAUCCUGGCUCUGUGGCCCUGCCACAUGGGGUUCAAGGACCUCAGCAGGCAUCUCCAGUGCCUGGACAGAUUCCAAUUCACAGAGCACAGGUGCCACCAACAUUUCAAAACAAUUACCAUGGGUCAGGGUGGCAUUAAAAUGGACUCCAAAAACAUUUUUUUAAAUGUUCUGUAAGAUAAACUGUAUAUUUCAUAUGUACCUGUUAAGGUACUUUUUAAAGCUUGUACAUGAACCUUUGUAUAAAAAACACCAGUGCUCUUUCGUUGUAUUUUUCUCAUUUUUGCUUUUUAAAAUUCCUUUAAAAAAUGUGCUGUUAAGCCAGUAUUAGGUAUCUUUAUUUUGUAAGUGAACAUUCCAGCUGUUUUUUUCUGGCAGAUCUGAUGCUGAUUUGAUGCUGUAUGAUCUUAUUUUUUUUAGUUAAAUUCAUUUAGUGAAUGUUCUAUUAUUUUAUACAUACACAUUAAGUACUCAGCUAAGUAAUGGCACUAUGAGGAUUUUUUUUUUCUUUCCUGUCAGCAGCAGUUCUGUGAAUGCAUCUUAGGUAUAAAAAUGCAAUACAGAUUUUUAUAUUUUGGUGUGGACAUGGCUCAUUUUGUUUUACCAGUUAUUUGCAAGCAAAAUGUAAUUUAAUGUAUAGAUGAUUUCUAAUGUCUCCUGACAAACUGUAAAUACUGCAUUUCUUUUGCGUAUAUAAUUGCUUACAGCUUUUCUCAUUUGAUAUAUAGCAUUGUACAUAUGACCAGUCUUUUGCAAAACUGUGUGAUCUUUGUGAAAGUAGUACAGUAUAUGACCUUUAAUUUCUUUUUUAUUUUAAAUAUACUGUCACACUGAAGCACUGGUUGGGCAUUUUAAUUCAUGUUAAUAAAUCACAAUUAUGUCAGUUUUA